AUACACAGAUAAGACUCUGGGGAAAGAUGGCUCAACACCACCUAUGGAUCUUGCUCCUUUGCCUGCAAACCUGGCUGGAAGCAGCUAGCAGAGAUCCAGACUCUCUCACUGUGAUUGGGAUUCUAGGGGAGUCAGUCACUUUCCCCUUAAACAUCCAAGAAUCGCAACAAGUUGGCACCAUUGCUUGGACUUCUGAAACAUCUGUUGCUGUAGUCAUACCUGGAGACUCAGGAGCAGCACCUAAAGUUACUGUGACUCACAAAAAUUAUUAUGAACGAAUACACGUCUUAGCUCAGAACUACGACCUAGUCAUUAACAGUCUGAGGAUGGAAGAUGCAGGAAUCUAUAAGGCAGACAUCAAUAUAAAGAACCAUCCCUACACCAUCACCAAGCACUACAACCUGCAAGUCUAUCGUCGGCUUACGAAACCAAAAAUUACACAGAGUUUAAUGACAUCUGUGAACAGCACCUGUAAUGUCACACUGACAUGCUCUGUGGAGAAAGAAGAAAAGAACGUGACAUACAGUUGGAGUCCCCUAGGAAAAGAGGGUCCUGUCCUUCAAAUCGUCCAGGCCCCUGAGGACCAUGAGCUGACUUACACGUGCACAGCCUGGAACCCCGUCAGCAACAGUUCUGACUCCAUCUCUGCCCAGCAGCUCUGUGCAGACGUCACAAAGGGCUUCCGUGUUCACCAGACCAAGUUCCUUAGUGUGCUGGCGGGGUUCUUCCUGGUUGUUCUCAUUCUGUCUUCAGUGUUUUGGGUCCAUUUGUACAAGAGAAAACAAGAUGCUGUCUCAAAGAAAACAAUAUACACAAAUAUCACAGCUUCAAGAGACACCCAGCCAGCAGAAGCCAGAAUCUACGAUGAAAUCCCCCCAUCCAAGGUGCUUCCCUCCAACGAAGAGCCCGCAAACACGAUAUAUUCCAUAGUGCAGUUCUCUGAUAAGAUGGGGAAAACCAGCACAAAGACCAGCAAACCUCUCGGGACUUCAAGCUACGAAAUUGUGAUCUAGGCUGCCAAACAAGAGUUCUCCCUCUGGCAAGUGAGUCACAACCACCAAUACUGGUGGCUUCCCUGAACACCCGCCACCACCCCUUCUCCUCCCAGCUCUUACCAGGAGAUUGCAAAUCACCACAUCCCAACAUGUAAGCAAAGCAGGAGACCCGUGUGCCUAGAUGGACAGAUGGAGGCCUUUCUAAGAGUGGCUCCCUUCUGGACAAACUUGACAAAGCGGGUUCCCAAACUUGACAAAGCGGGUUCCCAAACUUCUUCACAGCACAAUAUAUACAGAAAAUAACAUCAUUAUAGCACUCUGGGAUAAAAAGGAAAAUAUCAAGAUUGCUCGCCUAUGGGGGCUGGAGGUGACUAGCAGCUUCUCAUGACUGGAAGUGACAACCCUGCCCAGCAAGAAGGGGAGCGAUAUUUUGCAUACCUGUUGUAUGUCAUGGCACGCCAGCUAGAAUGCUCUGCUCACACACAAUAUAUGUGAGGAGCCCUGGCACUCGGGUCUCUGGUCUCUACGCAAGCAAAUUAGGGAAAGGCACCUUUUGUUCGAGGCAGAUGAAGCCCCUGACCCAAGUGCAUGGAAGCCCCCACCCACACUGGGGACCUUUGGACAGGGUACAAGUAGCUCAACCAGCCCAAACACAGAUGACAGUCCGGGUGGGAGAGGCUGCCAGAGCAUGGCUGCCAGCCAUGCAACAUGCUCUCCAAUGUGGUGCUGGAAAACACUCUUUCUGUGGAGUCUGGACUGCUGGGACUCUUUUCUCUGGGUUCUAGAAGAAGAAGCUAUGCAAGAUUUUCCUUCUGGCCAGGCUUUCCUUCUGAGACACUUAGAGCAGCCCCAGCAAGAAGCAUCUGCCAUGCCCAGCACCAUGCUCUCCCGUAGGAAUUGGUCCGCUGCAUUUCCAGGACUUCAGGGGAACUGGGUGUGACCCAACCAUCACCUUGCAUGGGACCUUGCAUGAAGCAGAGUCAUUCUCCCGAGGGAACAUAGGAGGUAAUGGUGCAAGUGAUGAACUGAGUUUAUCUCAGUUCCUAAGGCUCAGCUUAGAGAGCCACGGGGGUUAAGCCGAGGCUGCAUUCCUCCACCCGGGCACCCACCCCCCACAAACACAGAACCAGCCGGUCACACAGACAUUAAUAACUCUCAGCAGUGAGGAAGAAUCACCCUCAGCUGACCAGGACUUUCAUGUGAUCCUUUUAGGAAGUGUUUCCUUUGUGUGUUAGCAAACACGACCAGCUAAAUCCUAAAUCCCGUGGAUGAUCCCAAGCUGUACAGAAAAAAUGAGCUGCAUUUAGGCAUCAGUCCCAGUGAAUGAUCCCAAGACCCAACAGGCACUGACUGCCAUUAAUGCUAUGUCAGGGGCUAUGAGGCCCCAAAGUGUAAGGUGUGUAUAAUGUCUGCCCUUGUCUAGCCAAGGGGACACUGAGGUUAAAUCCUGAAUUGCACCUGCAAAUACUGGCAUGAGCUAGACCAUACGCGGGAGGCAGGGCUGAAGCUGGGCCUCACAAGAUGGGUGGAGUUUGGGUAAAGAAAGAGGAGCAGAGAAGCCCUCCAAGUGAGAGAAGCAUGACCAUGAGAAGAGGCCUGGAUCUGUGGGCUGUGUUCAGGGCACGUACCAGAUCCCCCUUGCACACUCACAGUUUCUUGCCUAUGUAUGGCAGAGUGCCUCAGUGCAAUGCGGACCCCACAUCCUUCAACGCCCACCUCAAAUGGAACCUUCUCUAAUGGAUUAAUAGUCAGAAUUAAUCUUGGCUCUUUUCACACUCCUUUUUCUUUUUGGUCCUUCCAUCACUAGAGCUCAUCUCGUUCUGCCUUACGGCGUAAUCACUCAUUUUCCUCACUACAACGUACACUACUUAAUGGCAAGAUCUCUGUACCCACCACCAUCCAACAGGGUGCCAUGAAUCCCAUGUGUGGCAAUAAAUGCAGUCCAAUGGGACUGACAUUGACCAGCCAGCUCCAAUGGAAGGUAAAUGUCAGAAGCAGAGCUAGAUAGAAGCCAGUAAGCACAGUGCCACCCUAUCACGGUGAGCAUGAAAUGUCAGGAUGCCGAUGUCAGAGGCUGUUCCUGGUGCAAAGGCAUUUUGAGGCGAGAAGAUUUUCAGAGUUACACAGACAGACCACCUAAGAGAUCGGCAGAGGCAUUGACCAGGUUUAGGGAAAGGCAGUGACUUGAGGAGGGACACAGAGAAGGGAAUAAAGAGGCUUGGUCAUAAAGGGCGGAGGACUUCCAAAGUGACACUGAACCAGCUGAAUGUCUUCUAAAAUGAAAUCAUUCCCCUCCCUGGAGAUGAGUUGAAGAAUUGCUCUGAACGUUCUCAUUCUCUAACUGACCCCUUCCUCUCCCCGAUAUGCUCUCCCAGGUAAAAUUCCUAGUGUCCUAAUGACAUGUGUAGUGCAAAAAAAAAAAUAAUAAUAAUAAUAACAAUAAUAAAAGAAAGAAAAAGGAAAAUAAAAAGAGUCAGAGCAGAUCAGGCCUAUUAUGUCUUGGAGAAAAGCAAACCUGGGAUGGAGCCAGUGCACAGGCACUCCUAUGGUGGCCUUUGGGCUCAGGACCACUCCACUGUUUCUCACUGCUUCUUUCCUUUGCCUCUUCUGAUUUAUGAAGAUGAAGUUACUCACCCCCCCUCUCUAGGGCUCAGUUCUCAUAUUUUCUUUUGGUAAAAUGAAUGUGAUCUUAUUUUCCCCUUCAGUUUUCCACGUGAACUAGAUUGUGAUCAACAGUUCUAUAAAAUCAAAGUAUCCUUUCAGUGGAACAGGAUCUUGUUUCAGACUAAGAGGAGCCGGGUUUUAUUAAUGUGCAGGGAAAGUGAAAUCUCUGAGACAGUGCCCUCUGGUGGAAAGCAGCGGUAAGCCAGGACACUCCCUGCUCAGUCUGCACACACCUUUACCCAGGAGCUAGGCUGAGAAAAUAAGGAAUGUUGCAUGAUUUAGCAAUUAUGAAUAGGGCUGCAAUAAACAUUCUGGUACAAAUAUCUUUGUUAUGGGCGGCGCCUGUGGCUCAGCGGGUAGGGCGCCGGUCCCAUAUGCCGGAGGUGGCGGGUUCAAACCCAGCCCCGGCCAAAUUAAAAAAAAAAAAAAAAAAAAAUCUUUGUUAUGAUGUGAUUUUUGGUCUUCUGGGUAUAUGUUCAGUAGACGGAUUACAGGAUUGAAUGGCAGAUCUAUUUUUAGAUCUCUGAGUGUUCUCCAUAUAUCUUUCCAAAAGGAAUGUAUUAGUUUGCAUUCCCACCAGCAGUGCAGAAGUGUUCCCUUUUCUCCACAUCAACGCCAACAUCUCUGGUCUUGUGAUUUUGUGAUAUAGGUUAGUCUCACUGGAGUUAGAUGAUAUCUCAGAGUAGUUUUGAUUUACAUUUCUCUGAUGAUUAAAGAUGAUGAGCAUUUUUUCAUAUGUCUGAAGGCCGCGCACCUGUCUUCUUCAGAGAAGUUUCUCUUCAAAUCCCUUGCCCAGCCUGCGAUGGGAUCCCUUGUUCUUUUCUUGCUAAUGCGUUUGAGUUCUCUGUGGAUUCUGGUUAUUAAACCUUUGUUGGAGACAUAACCUGCAAAUAUCUUCUCCCAUUCUGAGGGCUGUUUGCUUGCUUUACUUACUGUGUUCUUGGCUGUGCAGAAGUUUUUUAGUUUGAUCAAGUCCCAGUAGUGUAUUUUUGAAGCUGCUUCAAUUGCCUGGGGAGGUCCUCCUCAUAAAAUACUCGCCCAGACCGAUUUCUUCAAGGGUUUUCCCUGCACUCUCCUCUAAUAUUUUUAUAGUUUCAUGUCUUAAGUUUCAAUCUUUAAUCCAGUGAGAGUCUAUCUUAGUUAAUGGUGAAAGGUGUGGGUCCAGUUUCAGUCUUCUGCAGUUUGCCAGCCAGUUCACCCAGCACCAUUUGUUAAAUAGAGAAUCUUUUCCCCACUGAAUGUUUUUAAACCAGUGUGAUGAAAAUGUGUCAAAUGGUCUAUGAAACUAGUGUAUGAUGCCUCAUGAUCAUAUCAAUGUACACAGCUAUGAUUUAAUAAAAAAAAAAAGGAAUGUUGCAGCUCAUGCCCCUCAGAAACAGCAAAUGAACCCACCUCAGACGUGAUUUUUUGUUUGUUUGUUUGUUUGUUUUUCUUUUUUGAGACAGAGCCUCAAGCUGUCGCCCUGGGUAGAGUGCCGUGACAGCAUAGCUCACAGCAACCUCCAACUCCUGGGCUUAAGCGAUUCUCUUGUCUCCGCCUUGCAAGCAGCUGGGACUACAGGCGCCCACCACAACACCCAGCUAUUUUUUUAUUGUAGUUGUCAUUGUUGUUUGGCAGGCCAGGGCUGGACUUGAACCCACCAGCUCUGGUGCAUGUGGCUGGCUUUUAGCCACUUGAGCUACAGGCGCUGAGCCCUCAAAUGUGAUUUUUAAAAUCAUCUGUAGAGGGCGAGGAGCGGUGGCUCAUGCCUAUAAUCCUAGCAUUCUGGGAGGCUGAGACACAUGAAUUCCCUGAACUCAGGAAUUCGAGAUCAACCUGAACAAGAGUGAGACCCCCAUCUCUAAAAAUAGCCAGGCAUUGUGGCAGGUGCCUGUAGUCCCAGCUAUUUGGGAGGCUGAGACAAGAGGAUCAGCCUCUUGAACCAAAGAGUUUGAGGUUGCUGUGAGCUAUGACCCCAUAGCACUUUACCAAGGGCAAAAAAGCAAGACUGUCUCAAAAAAAAACAUUAAUUAAAAUAAAUUUUAAAAUAAAGUUUAAAAAAAUAAAAUCAAAAGUUUGUAGAACACUGUAAACAACCUGCCCCCAUAAGACGAGCUUUGCACAGCUAGCUUACACAUUGUUAUCGUUCUUCAAAUCAGUAAUUAUUUUUGAGAAAAUUAUGUAAACCAAGGAAAAUCAGAGAAAAGCCAAAAGCAGAAGAAAAAUAAUGAAUUUGGAAAAAAGAGCCUGGCCACUUCUCUCUGGGUGGAACCUGAGAGGUGCUUUCUGUGGGCAUUGCCCAGGCCAGACAGUCUCCUUCAGGCCCAUGUCCAGUUUGCAAGCUGGCUGUGCAAAGCUGGCUGAGAGUAGAGUGACUAGGUCCUAACCCUAGUUUCUUGGUGAUGUGACCUUGGGCAAGUUAGUUUAACUUCUCGGUGCCUCAGGUUGCCACCUGUAAAAUGGGGCAAUAUUAGUUCCUACCUUGUGGCAAUUAAAAGAGGUGUUACUCAUGUAAGAAUAUGCCUGCAUGUGGAAAAGCCCUGGAUUAUCUUACAAUCUGUUCUUGCAGGCCUGAAAGCUUCGUAAGAUGCUAAUCCAAACCUAUGAAGUAAACUUUUUGCAGUGGAAAUGCAGCUGAUGGCACAUUAAAUUAAUGUUGUAGGUCAAACUUUUAACUCCCAUUUCUCCUAACUCAGAUCUAUUUUCUUACAUGUGUGCACAGUGUCUGUUCCCUCGCUACUAACAUAACACACUCUAAUUACCUAAUUCUAUGCCUGUCUCCCAAAGAAGAGGGGAUAAUAUUUCUAAAUAAUAACAACAGAAGUUGGAAAGUUCUUGGAGGGCAAGGAGCCUGUAAUAAUUCAUUGAGGGUUUGUUUUGUACACCCACUGCUACACUAGAUGAUUUAUACAUUAUUGGUGAUACAACAGCCCUGUACAGCUGAAAUUAAUUCUUCUAGUUAACAUUAAGGCUGAGGGAAUGAAUACCUGGCAAGUAAUUUGCCAAUUCAUAUGCAGUCUAAAAAGACAAUAAAUUCAGCAGUGUAAAUACAUAGUAUAAACACCUUAGCAAAGGGAGGAGGUUGAGAAGAUAGGAUUUGAACUCAAGACUUCUUGUCACCAAUGGCUAUGCACUUGCCCCCUGCCAUGCUCCUGCUUUUCCCUGCUGUGGAUUCCCAACAUCUUGGUACUUGGCCUCAGGUAUAGCACACACCUGACACUUUGCUUGACAAAUAUUUGUUGAAUAAAUACUUGCGUCCACUGAUAUUUAAAGGUAUUAAAAAACAGCUCAAAGUAGAUAUAUUUGUAUAUUAAUUCUACAUCAUCCACAAAUUUUACCCUGUAAGUGCUUAAGAAGGGGAACUAACAGGUCUAUUAAUUGUGCACAUAAAUAUGAAAUAUUGUGUAAAUAUGUGUAAACAAUAAA